UCAUCGAGGACCUGACCCGCAAAACGGGGAAUUUCAAGCAGUUUGGCAUUUUCUGCAGCAUGCUGGAGUCGGCUCUGAUGCAGAGCAGCGAGUCCGUCAGCCUGGAGCUCCUCACCUACGCCGACCUGGAGACCCUACGCAGCCGGAAAGUGGGGAUGAUCGCCCAUCCCCCUCCUUCCGCCACUUCCCCCCUCAGUGCCAAGCGCUACCUCAUCCUCGUCUACUCCGUCGAGUUCGACAGGAUCCACUACCCGCUGCCGCUGCCCUACACAGGGAGGCCAGAUCCUGCCGCACUGCACAGGCUGGUGCGGGAGCUGAGAGAGGAGCUGGCACAGCUCCGGGCUCGACACGGGCAGGAUCGCCGAGAUGCCACGAUUCGGCACCUGCGGGACGAACUGCAGCGGGCGCUGGAGGAGAAGCGGGCGGCAGAGGUGGCCCUGCAGGCACUGCAGCGUGAGCCAGAUGGUGGGACAGCACCAGAGGCCAUGGCCCUGCGGCGAGCAGCACGGCGUUUGGAGAACGAGCUGCUGCGGGAGAAAGCCCGGCACCAGCGCGAGCACCG